AUCACCUCAGACAACCAGACCAGGACCACAACACAGCAAUAGAACAACCAGACCACAGUGCAACACAGCAGCAUCAUGGUAUCUACUUUAAGCUUCCAGUCUUUGACGGUACUGUGUAUGAAGGGGGUGUUGGUGAUGAUGAUGGGGGCAGAGGCGGCCCCCCGUGCCCAUCCAGAGAAGACAGAGAGCCACACACGGACCACACUGCAGACACACAAGAAGCCUGCAGAGUCUUCAGGUCCCGACACAGUAAUUCUCCCCCUGCACCUAGACCCAAAUGACUUGGUUCCUUUCCAUUCCAUCAGACCUAUUUGCAACCAUUCAAUCUCCCCAUGGACUUACAACACUACCUAUGAUGAUAGACGCUUUCCCCCCAUCAUCUCGGAGGUCAGGUGCUCUCUGAAGGGAUGUCUGAACAUCAAGGGUAAGGAGGACAGGAACCUGAAGUCCAAACCCAUCUUCUACCAGAUCCUGGUCCUGAGGAAGGUGAUGGGAAGUGGGAAGAAAUGCCACUACCGGCUGGAGUCAAAGGUCAUCUCGGUGGGCUGCACCUGUGUCAGGCCUACCAUCGAACAGUAAUGAUACUAGAGUGAAGAGGUCCAGCCUGGUGGCACAGCUGGUUGGGCCAUGGUGCUGGCAAUAUCAAUGUUGAAGGCUCAAUCCCUACAUGCGUAGAAUGUAUU